ACCAGUUUUGCAUAGGAGCCCUACAAAUAUUACCAGCCUUAGAGCAAAGACACAUACCAUUGUUUUGCAGACAGUUUUAUGCUGACAUGCCUGAGCCAGCCAAAUCCGCUCCUGCGCCUAAGAAGGGCUCCAAGAAGGCUGUGACCAAAGCCCAGAAGAAGGACGGGAAGAAACGCAAGCGCAGCCGGAAGGAGAGCUACUCCGUGUACGUGUACAAAGUACUGAAGCAAGUCCAUCCGGAUACUGGCAUCUCUUCAAAGGCCAUGGGCAUUAUGAAUUCCUUCGUGAACGACAUCUUCGAGCGCAUCGCGGGUGAGGCGUCUCGCCUGGCGCAUUACAACAAGCGCUCGACCAUCACCUCCAGGGAGAUCCAGACGGCGGUGCGCCUGCUGCUGCCGGGAGAGCUGGCCAAGCACGCCGUGUCCGAGGGCACCAAGGCUGUUACCAAGUACACCAGCUCCAAGUAGAUUUAACACAUUAAAUGUCUUCAUACUCAAAUUCAAAGGCUCUUUUAAG